AUGUGUAUAACGAGGUCUUAUUCGAAUUUUGCAGCAAAUCAAAUUAUUUCAGCCGUCGAUCCGGAGACUCCUAAAAAAGCCACCAUCGCUGUGGCUCAGACAUUGAAUUGUGAUAUCGGAGAUGUGGCUGCAGAUGUGGCUGUGUCGUGGAAGGAUCAUGCUGGGGUUGCUAUAACAAGUGGUACUGGAGGGUACACCAUCGCACAGGGAACAGCUGAUUCUGCUGGUGACGGAAUUCAGAAAUCAACUCUGACCAUUGAUGUUGCCACUCUUACAAGUGUAGCUGGAGCUGCAAAUCCCGCGACAUACAAAUGUGCUGCGGUAUCUGCAGUCUAUCCGGAUUCAGCAACAUCUACUUUCAAAGACAUUGUUGUCGACUUCCUUACUUUCGGUGUAGAAGCUAAGGGUAGCGAAGUGCUGGCAAACACAGAAGCUACAAUAUCUUGUGUAGUAAGUGGUUUGAGUAAGCAGCUGGAGGCGGUAACAUGGAAGAAACCUAGUUCGGGUGGUGUUAUAACUGGCGGUAUUGACAGCUAUGCUAUUGAGCUUGGAACGUACGAUCUUGGCACCAACAUUCAAACUACAAUUCUGACCGUACCUGCUGCUGAAAACACGGCUGAUGCUGUUUUCACCUGUGUCAUUACAUCUGACGAGCAUGCAAUAACAUCAGAAGAGACUCCUGUCAACUCGAACGUUUUCACUGUAUUGUCAGUGACUAAGUCAGUCAUUACUAGUAAGGAUCAGACUUUGACCUGUACAGUAGGAGAACUAGACGUAGGUGGAACCCCUGUUAAUGUAGUCUGGAAGGCUCCUGAUGGUACGACUGUAUCUGUCUCGGAUAUUACGAACUACGAUGUCAGCAACGGUACAGUCGAUGGAACCGGCAUACAGGUGGCAGAACUCACCAUCAAGGCUACCAAGCUUGCUGAUUUUGCUAACCAGUCAACAUUCACAUACAAGUGCUCGGUAACAUCAACACAGUACCCAAACUCACCUGUAACUACCUUCGGAGUUGUGGUCAACGUUCUAGCACCUUGUAGCGUGCCCGUUAUCGAACAAGGCAUCAUAUCUCCAUAUUCGACGAUUGAUUCAGGCUCAACAUACGAAAUAAGGUGCGACAGCGGGUUUGUCAUAAUUGGACCGUCCUCGAUGGUGUGCACUAACGGCACCCUAUCUGAAUCCCCAUCUUGUCCACCAGUGGCUACCGUAACUUGUGAUGAAUACGGAAUAAAGUUGAUCAUUACUGAGAAAAUUAGUUUUGAUACAAUAUUGCUCAACGACAAAGAGUGUGAGUUUAAGGGAGACUCUCAAGAAAUCAGAACAGAUUUAGACAAAUGCGGUACGACGGUAUCUUAUAAUAACAGCCAUGUCGUUUACAAAAACCAAAUGGUAGGAAUUUCCAGUAAAAUUGAUUACAGUAACGGUAUAACCAGAGGAGGAGAACUUAAGAUAGCAUUUGAGUGCUCAUUCAAUAGAACAGGUGAUACCGAGUAUGCAUCUUGGGAGGUAAAGGGUGCAGCCAUUGUGGAAAGAGUGACGGGUGAAGGUUCGCUACGUUUCCUUCUAGAUAUCUUCGAGGACGCAACAUAUGCCAACAAAGUGGUCAACUUUCCCUUCCAGUUAACCCUUAACGCUAACAUCAACAUGCAGGUCACGCUGGAUUCAUUAGAUCCAGACCAGUCUCUGGGUGUGGUCCGAAUACAGGCAAAGGACAGUGAAACGGAGGAGGAUGGAAACUUGUCCUACGACUUGGUGAAGGAAGGGUGCAUCGUGGACUCCACCUUCAAGUUUAUUGAAACGGACUCGAAUUUGCAGCCUCAUUCAGAUCCUAAAUCUAAACGAUUUAUCUUUAAAGCUUUUAGCUUUUUGGACAGCCAGACUCCGAUUUACAUUCACGCUGUUAUAAAAGUCUGUAGUCUUUCGGAUAACAGUUUUGGCUGUACAGACUUGUGCACAAAAAGCAGACGAAAGAGAUUCGUUGAAGUAUCGAGUGAACUGAAUGGUGAACAGUUUCAUAUUUACCAAGGACCGAUAGUGCCUAGACACCUUGUUGAAAUCAGAGAAGAUUGUGUUGCGGGCCAGUUUCUGCAUCAGGAUAAUGGCUGUACAGACUGUCCGGCAGAUCAUUGGAGUUUAGCAGCAAACACAGCUGCUACCUGCACUGCCUGUCCAGCUAGAAAAGAGGUAGACUCUGGAAAAGGAACACAAGAAAAUGACUGCACAUGGAAUGAGCCGGUUUUGGGAGUUGGUGUAAAAUUAGGGCCUGGAAUUUUGACCAUCCUGCUCCUGAUGCAGGUUCUGCUGUAGCACAAUAAGGUUUGUCAAGAUGACGUCACACCACCUGAUGCAGGUUCUGCUGUAGCACAAUAAGGUUUGUCAAAAUGACUAUAUCGUGAACUAUUACUAAGCUAACGUUAGCUAUCGUAAAUAGACUAAUGGUUAUGAACUAAAAAGAGUUGUUUAUUGGGAAAUAUUUAAAUAAUAUUCAUAAUUGCAGAAAGUGAAGUGAUUUUCUUUAGGUUAACAACAAUUAUGAUUUAUAUCACAGUUAAUUUAAACAUUAUAUAAUGAAAUGACAUAAAAUGAGAUGAAAUGAAAUGAGGUAUUUAUAUCCCGCUCAUAUGAUUAACCAACACAACAAGGAAGGUGGUUAACCAUGUCAGAGCGGUUGACUGUGAGUGAUGUGAGCAAAUGUGUAAACGUGAACAAAGUAUAACUCAUCAUAAGGCAAAGACAAAAUUAAAACAUCUUUUAUUGUAAACCACACUAAACUAAAUAAUAUUUUAACAGAUAUAAGUAGAGUUAAACUAAAACGAGGUUUUAUAAAUGUUUUUGAUGUGGUGUAUGGUAUGUUAGUGAUAGAAAUAAUUUAUUUUCUAUUUCAAACGCGCUGCAUUGAUUAAUUAAUACAACAGUGUAAACUAUUAUGAUAUAUAAUUGUGUAUUUGACCAGUACAAUUACAAAGUAAAUUUAUAGAGAUAUUACGUUUUAAAGAAUGC